GCAAGAUGGCCGCGAGCCGAGUUGUGUCUGUUUGAGGGAACUAACGUUAUUAUACAAUAUCUUCAUUCGACACACAUUAUCAAGAUUUCCAGCAGGUGCUGAGUUGUCGGAAUGGCGACUGGAGGGGCUUCUUUUGAUGAUUGCACAGAUGAACAGGAGUUACACAACUGGACAGUCGCCAACGGAAGUCUAGACGACCGCCUCAAUAAUAUGGACUGGGGUGUGCAGCAGAAGAAAGCUAACCGCUCCUCAGAGAAAAACAGGAAGAAGUUCUCAGCUGUUUCCGAAAGCCGCUUGACUAAUGACAUCUCUCCGGAGUCGACGCCAGGAGCUGGGCGAAGACGGGCUCGAACCCAGCAGUCCCUCUCCCAUGUAAAGUACACUACACAGAUGUCUGUGCCUGACCAGGCAGAACUGGAAAGACUGCGGCAGAGAAUCAACUUCACUGACUUGGACGAGAGGAGCAUCGGCAGCGACUCCCAGGGCCGGGUCACAGCCGCCAACAACCAGAGGCAGCUGGCAGAGAACAAGAAGCCUUUUAACUUCCUCCCCCUGCACGUCAACACCAACAAAAGCAAGGAGCUGCCCGGAGCCGCUGCUACCUCCUCUGCCUCUGCCUCCACCCCGGGAGCCAGGGAGCCCAAGAAGCAGAGCCCGGGAAAAGACCUGUUUCUUCCAGUGUCUGUGGCCGUUAGGGCCCCAGAGAGAGGGGAGCCCCUAGAGCUUGGCCAAGUGGAGCCCACCAUUGAGAGCAGUCAGGUUGUCAGUAAGCUGGUGCAGAUCCGUGAGUCUAUUAGCAAGGCUAACGCCAUGCGAGACGACAUGCUGGAGAAGAACGAUGUGCCAGCCAAUGUGGAGCGGUUAUCUCAUCUGAUCGCACGCCUUAAAGAGCAGGAGAAGGCCUAUCUGAGAUUUCUACAGAAAAUGCUGGCAAGGGAGGAGGAGGAGGAGGAGGACAGGGGCACUGUCGACUCUGCCGUCGGCUCAGGCUCGGUGGCGGAGAGCACGUCUCUGAACAUCGAGCCUUGCUCCGAAACCUCUGACACCACCGGUCGUGGGGUGCGCGGGGAGCAGAAGGAGGAGCUGGAGAACCUGCGUAAGCAGCACGAGCUGCUGAAGAAGAUGCUGGAGCAGCAGGAGCAGCUGAGGGCCCUGCAGGGACGCCAGGCCGCGCUGCUCGCCAUGCAGCAGUCCGCAGAGCAGGCCAUGCACGUCAUGGACGACUCCGUGGUGACCGAGACCACUGGCAGUGUGUCAGGCAUCAGCAUCACGUCAGAGCUGAAUGAUGAGCUGAAUGACCUCAUCCAGCGCUUCCACAACCAGCUCCAUGACACGCAGACGAAAGCAGUGGUGCCUGAUAACAGGCGGCAGGCCGAGAGUCUGUCCCUGUCCAGGGAGGUGUGCCGUUCCAGGGAUCCCCAGCAGCAGCAGCAGUCCUCCUCCCUCCUCCUGCCUCCCGCAGCCCCCCUCCCGCCCGGAGGGGGUGCUGUGGCCGGCCCCUCCACCUCCUCUGCCGCUGCCUCCAGCCUCAAACUCAGCAAGCUGCAGGAGCUGCAGGACAAGAAGGAGACCAUGGACAAGAUCCUGCAGGAGCUGCACUCCCUCAGGGACCAGACGCUCAACAACAGAGCCUCAGGUCAGGGAGUGCCUCAGUCAUUGCAGCGGGGGUUUGCUGCUGGGGUGUCCUCUGAGCGGCCCUCCGUCCUUGGUCGCGAGGCCAGUGGUGCCUGUGUACCACAGCAAGACUCCUACCUGCCAAUGGCAAGCCACCCUGCUGAUAGACUCAGGAAGCUGAAGGAGGUUCACAAGCGCUUGAACGAGCUGCGGGAGCUGGUUAGGUACUACGAGCAGACAUCAGACAUGAUGGUGGACGCUGUGAACGAGAACGUCAAGGAUGACGACGACGAUGAUGAGGAGACCGAGGACGGUUCUCUAUUUGAGGCAGUGUUUGACUCGGAGCAAGAGAAUAGAGACCCCAUCACAACCAUCAGGAACCCACGGCAUGCCAGUAACUGGAUGGACAUGAACAGCCUGACCAACGGCCGUGGUCCGAGAGGCAGCAACAACCAGGGCGGUCGCCUCAACACAGACUGUGAGAUCAACAAUCGCUCUGCCACCAACCUCAGGAGCCUCAACAUUCCCUCCAUUAUUGAGUGCCAGUAUAACAGAGAUGGUCAUUUCGGCGUUGAGAAGGAUGAGAAUGAGGACGAGGAUGAGGUAAUGCAGGAGGAAGGGGCUCGACGAGGAGCCAGGGACAGGGACAGUGAUGAUGGCUCUGGAUCCAGUCGAAGGAGCAGCCUUGUGGUGGCAGACGACGACACCGAGUUUACGCAGAAGGUCCACCGGCUUCAGACUGCCAAACAGAAGCUUCGCCAGCUGCGAGAGUUGGUUGCCAUGGUUCAGAGUGAUGAUACGGAUGGCACGACUGCAAAUGAAGAUGACUGCAUCCACCAGCAGCCCAACAACACAAGAGCUGCUGCCCCUAAAGCCAAGAGGGCACUAGCACUCUCUGACAAGGCCCGUGAGAAGCUGUAUGAGGAGAAGCUGCUGCAGCAGCAACAGGAGCUGAAGCAGCUGCAGGACGAGCGUCAGCGUCUCAUGGACAUCCAGGGCAAGAUACAGGACCUGCAGCGGGCAUGCCCAGACCUGCAGUCGUCCGUGUCCAGCAGUGUGACUGUGCCGGGUGUGAGGAUGCUUCCGGCAGCUCCCUCGGCACCAGCAUGUGGCCCAUCUCCCUCCACCUCCUCAGCCCUCCUCAAACCGGCCGCUGAAAUGGACUCUCCAACCCCUGAGAACGAGCUGUGGACGGAGAUGCGGCGGCACCAGAUCAUGCGCGAGGAGCUGCGGCAGCGGCGGAAACACCUGCAGAGCCUGAUGGCCGAGCAGCAGCGGCGGAGCAUGCUCACCGACGCCACCUGCAGGAGCGACGCCACGCUCAACGGACACCUCUCGCAUGCCGCCAGCCGGGACGAAAGGACCAUGGCCACAUGGGGUGGGUCGCCACCAUGUAGAUUUGAGGAUGACAGUUUUUCCUCUGAGACGGAAGGAGAGGAAGAGGGGGAUUCUGGUGGUGAGGACUCGAGCUACACCGAUGACAUGCUUCAUGUCUACCCCAAGAAGCAGCCCUUCUCUGGCAAGAAGAGCAGGAACAGUGGUCUGAAGAGCCCGGAGUGCUACCCAGGAGAUAGCAGCCAGUCUAAACAACAACAACAACAACAACAUCAACUGCAGCAGCAGCAGCAGCAGGGUGCGAGUGGUAGUCGCGGACGGAGGCAGGAGAACCUGCGCUGGGCAGCAGACCUCUCUCUCUCCGAGGGGAUGUGCUACUGGCAGGAGCAGGUCAGCCAGCUGCAGAGGCAGCUGGACCUCAGCACCAGCAUGUGCCAGACACUGCUGCAGGACCAACAGACGCUGUCGUGUAUGCUGCAGACGGUAAUGACGGGGCCUCACGGCCUGAUGCCUGGCAGCAUGGCGUCUCCUCAGGUGCCCCUCAUCAUGCACCAGCUUAACCAGUGUUACACGCAGCUGGCCUGGCAACAGAGCAACAUCCAGAGGUUAAAGCAGAGUCUGAAUGAACUGCUUCGCAAGCAGCAGCAGGAGCAGAAGCAGCAGCCGCUUCAACAACAGCAGACAGGCCAGCAGAAGACCCCAGGCCAGCCCACUCCCGCUCAGGAUUCCCCCGCCGCCUUCCUGCCUUUCGCUCUCAACAUGCCCGGGCUCGCCCCCUGCUCCCCUGUGCACUUCAGCAUGACCCCUCUCUUCAACGCAACGGGCAAUGACUUCCCCCAAAACUCUACUGCGCAGGCCGGACCCUUCACGCAGCUGCCGGACCCAAACCUCUCCAUGAAGACGGAGUACAUGAGCUUCCCUCCACCAUUACAGAGGGCCACGUUCAACAACACAGACAAUAGGCCUCAGAUGCAGCCAGACAGCAGUGUAACGGAUCCUCAGAGCCCUGGGUGGCUGACCAGCUCCCAUGUCCCUGAGCAGCAGCUCCAGCAGCAGCAGCAGCACUCUCCGGCCUCCGCCUCACAUCUCCCUCCUCCACCGCCCCCUCAGCAGCUGCAGCAGUCCUCCUACUCCCCGUCCUCGUCCCCCGUCGCCCCAAAGCUGCUCAGGGGGGGGCGCUGCUAUCAGCAGCAGGACUCUCAGGAGUCCCUCAGCAGCAUGCCGGACCCGGGCGACCCCACCACGGUCACCAGGACCUACCGCGCAGGCAGGAAGGCCUCCGCCCAAGCAAGCCUGGCCUCACGCGACAAGACGCCCAAUGCCAAGAGUCGGCGGAGGAGGGGCAAAGGCAAACAUGCAGGUGUGGGCAGCGACAGCGUCUCCAGCACAGCAGACUAUUUCCACGGUAGCGUGAGGAGCAAAGUCCCCCAGGCCCAGCCCAGGGGAGGACCCAACCAGAGUCUAUUAGACAAGCUCACCCAGGAGAAAUUGGACAACAAGGCCAAGAGUAGCAAGGCGUAUGACGUUUCAUCAGCAUAUGCUUGGAGGACUCCCUUCCUCUCUAACAGAAUUGCAUGCACUGAAGCUCCAGAUGCCAGCAGUGAUUUUUCCCUGUUCGAGGCUCUGAAGGAGACCAUCUACUCUGAGGUGGCGACCCUAAUCUCCCAGAACAACUCACGGCCACAUUUCCUCAUCGAGCUCUUCCACGAGCUGCAGCUGCUCAAUACGGACUACCUUCGCCAGAGGGCCCUCUACUCUCUACAGGACAUUGUAACAAGGCACCUGACUGAGAAGAAUGUGGCUGAUGACCAGGCCUCUUCCCUGGGCCCUGCGGCGUGGGUUGGGGGCUCCCAGUCAGAGCUCACCCCAAGUGAGAGCCUGGCCACCAGUGACACGGAGAUGUCUGAGAAGAACCUGGUCCUGAAGCAGAAGCUUGUGAUGGAUGGCGACUUCGGGGACGAGGAUAGCAUCAUGUCUAGCUCCUCAACCUGUGACCCCUUUGCCAGUGAUGACCAAGGUAACACAGUGCUUCGCUUGGACAGAGCCCGGGCCAGGAUAAGAGAGUACGAGCGCACUAAACUUCAGGCCCAGCCAAAUUUCAGCAACAAAAACAGUUUGGCGUGUGUUGCCUCUAACGCGGACCUCCCUUCUGGAGCUGCUGAUGCUGCUGCUGCCACUGCUGCCGGACUACUGGAAGUGUUGUGUGGAGGUUCUCAGCAGGGGUCGGGUGACCGCCGUCCUCAGAUCGACACCUUCCAGUUGGAGCGGCAGAUAAAAGCCAUCAUGUCGGAGGUCAUAACUUUCUUGAAGGAGCAUUUGGAGGAGGUGUGCUCCCAUCAGCUCCUCGCCUCUGUGCGCCGCAUGGUGCUCACGCUCACCCACCAGAAUGAAGAAAGCAGAGAGUUUGUGCGUUUCUUCCACCGCCAACUGAGUGGCAUUCUGCAGGACUCCCUUGGGAAGUUCCUGGGCCAGUCUCUGCAGGACUGUGGCGAGGACCUACUGGUGGACAUUUCAGAGAUCCUCUUCAACGAGUUGGCCUUCUUCAGCCUCAUACAGGACCUGGACAACAACAGAAACGGUGCCACGAAGAAACGUCCCAAGGGCAACAGCAACACCACCUCCAACAACAAACACACAAAGAAAACUGAGGGCAAAGGUGCCGAAGCCGAGACCGCUUUGUUGCCAGCUUUCCGCGACCAAGAUAAGGAUCGAGAUGAGACAGAGCAAGAAGGCGCCUCUCGCAACGCGGAGCAGGAACAGCAUUUGCAGCAGCAGGAUGGUCAGAGCAGUGAGUCCUCUGAAGUGGAGGAGGAAGAGGAAGAGGAGGGUGAGGAUGAAAAGGAAGAUGAUGAGGAACAUGACCAAGAGGGGCCACGGCUUUCUAUCAACCUGUCUAAGGCUGAGACUCAGCCCCUGACCAACUACGGUAGCGGAGAAGAUGAGAAUGAGCUGGAGGAGGAGGAGGAGUUUGAGGCAGGGCCUGUUGAGGUCCAGACAUCACUACAAGCUAACACGGACACUACACAUGACCACAAACAGUGCAAUGGUGUAACACAAUUAGGAAUCUCACUUACAAACGGUACAAGUCAAGACCAAGAGACUGCAGAGGGCCAGGAAGCCAUGAGCACCGGCUCUGCAGUCCAGUCCAUGGAGGUGCUGGACUCCCAAGAGGGGGAGGAGGACAGUGUGAGCGCUGGCCACCAGGCCGCCGCCGAGCCAGAGGGCCAGGAGGAGGCUGAGAGGAGUGAGGUGGCCUCCGCCCCGGUCAACGGACAGGGGGGCACCCAGGGGUCCAGCUCCGGAAGUCCAGACACGGAGUCCCCUGUCAUGAUCAAUGUCGACGAGGUUGGUUCUGGAAACACAAGCCAGAAAUCAGAUGAGGAUGACUUUGUGAAAGUGGAAGAUCUACCGUUGCAGCUCUCCGUUAUGUCUGAGGAGGAACUGAGGAAGAGGAUCACUGAGGAGCAGAGAAACAACAACCUCACCACUGAGCUGCUAAACGGUAAUACAGAGGGCCUGGCCAGUCUCAUUGGGGAUGGCAUGGCCUUGAGAGAGCCAGAGCCGGCUGUAAUUCAAAGUGUAUAAGGAUAUCUGGUCCAUUCCCUGCCUCAUCCAAUGCCACUCUACACUAGAGGAAUGCGACUGAACACUUGUGUAUAGACUAAGUCGAGCCUAACUUUUUUCCUCCUCCAAGACUAAUCCAAUUAAGUUCCAAUGGCACCACACUGCUGCAGUCUACUGUUAAACUUCAUAGAGGCAAAUGCUGAAUUGUACAUGAAGAGGGGCUCUUUGUUUAUCACAAGGUGACGUUUUUAUAAGACGGAAAUUGUAGGAUUAGAGGACUCAUGUUGCUGUCCAUAUGCUCUGUUAUAGUUUGUCUGUAUCUCUAUGUUUAGUUUUAGGGUUUGUUUUUUUAAAGAGAUGCCUCAGGCUGGUGAAAGAUGGCUUUCAUCCUGUUUUGGACUUCUGAAAUCAGUUACUGUUACUUUGUUACGGCAUGGUGGCGUCGUGUUCUUUUGUCUGUUUCUGUGCCUGACUGCAUUUAAUGGCCCCUGCAGACCCCCCGUAUCACCUUGCACUUAUCCCUCCAAGCCUUGAAUCAGUACAAGCAACUAGAUUAUUCCAGAAUGCUGAUUCACUGAGGAUGUGACUGCUGCUCAGAUAACAGCUGCGAAAACCUGCUCUCAAAGUGCAUUAUGGGUAGUGAUUGGCAACCUGGAUUCAGAAACUUCAAUCCAGCAGCACACAUUCCAAAAUACCUGGUCUUACCUGCUUACGACGAGCUUGUCUGUCUCAGGGUACUCAUGAAUGAUGACUCGAGUAGGAUCUUAGCGCUUCAACAGGUAAAACCAGCCGUUUUGGAAUUUGUGUCACUGAGUUGCAGCUCCUGAAUCUAGGAUGCCCAUCGAUGCUUGUGGGCUAAAUUGCUGAAGAGUAAAUUCCUUUAUUGACACAACACAUGUCUGCCUUGCCUGCCUUACUAGGGGUUGGGGUGGUGGAGGUCAACCUCAGAUGCACACCUUCAACAUUUUCAGGCAUGUUAGCAGAUUUUAGUUGCUUUGUCAUCUUAUGCCAUUCUGAUUUCCAUGUAAUGUAAUUGAAAUAAUUACUAUGAUGUUAAAAGAAAAAUAAAAUUUGUACUUUUUCUCUCA